GAUUUGCCCUCUUCUUAAGCAAACUGCAAGGGAUAGUGUUACUAUUAUAGCAUUAUGGCGCUGGUGGGAGCCCUUCGGAAAGAAUUGGCUGAUUCUGUUUCCGCAAGUAAAGUGCUAGUUGUAGGAGCUGGUGGUAUUGGUUGCGAACUCUUGAAGAAUCUCGUCCUCUCUGGAUUUUCUAACAUAGAUGUGUUUGAUUUAGAUACGAUUGAUGUCAGCAACCUGAACAGGCAGUUCUUGUUCCAGAAGAAACAUGUGGGGAAAUCAAAAGCUCAGGUUGCCAAGGAGAGUGUGCUACAGUUUUGUCCAGGAGCUAAUGUCACUGCUUACCAUGACAGCAUUAUGAACCCAGAAUAUAAUGUGGAGUUUUUCAGGCAAUAUACCCUUGUUAUGAAUGCCCUGGACAACAGUGCUGCUCGCAACCAUGUGAAUAGAAUGUGUCUUGCUGCUGACAUACCUCUUAUAGAAAGUGGUACUGCUGGCUACCUUGGCCAAGUUACUGUUAUUAAGAAGGGAACAACUGAAUGUUAUGAGUGCCAGCCCAAACCAAGCCAGAAAACUUUUCCAGGGUGUACUAUUCGCAACACUCCAUCAGAACCAAUUCACUGUAUCGUAUGGGCAAAGUAUUUAUUCAACCAGUUGUUUGGAGAGGAAGAUGCUGACCAGGAAGUGUCUCCCGACACUGCUGAUCCUGAAGCAGCAUGGGAGCCUGCAGAGGCAGCAGUGAGAGCAGAAGCUUGUAAUGAAGAUGGUGACAUCAAACGUGUGUCUACCAAAGAGUGGGCAAAAUCUACUGGGUAUGACCCAGUUAAAUUAUUUCACAAGCUUUUCAAAGAUGACAUCAGAUAUUUGCUGACUAUGGAUAAACUGUGGCGGAAAAGGAAACCACCAGUGCCAUUAGAGUGGCAUGAAGUACUGAACAGUGAGAAGAGUACCUCCAAUCAGCCAAAUGAAUCGUACCAGGCAGGCCUGAAAGACCAGCAGGUUCUGGAUUUAAAGAGUUAUGCACAGUUGUUUAAAUCAAGCGUUGAAACUCUCAGUGGCCGGCUGACUGAAAAGGGUGAUGGAGCCGAGCUUGUAUGGGAUAAGGAUGAUUCUCCUUCAAUGGACUUCGUCACAGGUGCUGCUAAUCUCAGAAUGCAUAUCUUCAGCAUGAAUAUGAAGAGCAGGUUUGACAUUAAAUCAAUGGCUGGAAACAUAAUCCCUGCCAUAGCUACCACCAAUGCAGUGAUAGCUGGCUUAAUCGUGCUUGAAGGACUAAAGAUCUUAUCUGGGAAUUUGCAGCUUUGCAGAACUAUAUUCUUAAACAAGCAACCAAAUCCAAGGAAGAAAUUGCUAGUUCCUUGUAUUCUCGAUCCUCCAAACUCCAGUUGUUACGUUUGUACAAGCAAGCCAGAAGUAACGGUGAAACUAAAUGUGCACAAGGUGACAGUACUGACAUUGCAAGACAAGAUUUUGAAAGAAAAGUUUGGUAUGGUUGCUCCAGAUGUCCAAAUUGAAGAUGGCAGAGGAACUAUCCUUAUAUCAUCUGAGGAAGGGGAAACAGAAGCCAACAAUUGCAAAAAGCUUUCAGAGUUUGGAAUUCGAAAUGGCACCCGUUUGCAGUCUGAUGACUUCUUACAAGAUUAUACCCUCUUGAUAACUAUCCUUCACAUUGAUGAUCUUGGAAAGGAUAUCGAUUUUGAAGUUGUUGGAGACGCUCCUGAGAAGGCCCCUCAGAAGGUAGCAGAUGAAUCUGCAAAAAACAUGACCAAUGGCAGUGAUGAUGGAGCUGAGCCAUCUACAUCAGCUGCUCAAGAGCAAGAUGAUGUGUUGAUUGUGGACUCCGAAGAUGAAGGUCCAUGUUCUAGCACUACUAGUGCUGGUGUGGAAACUAAUAAACGCAAAAGAAAGUUUGAAGAGGAAGAAGAAAAUUUAGGGACAAAAAAAACACGUGCUGAGCAAAUCGAUGACCAGGAUGAUGACAUCAUUGCAGUUGAUUAAUCCCUAGUAAUGAUGGAGGGCAUCCACUGCAUUUUACUGGUUUCAUUAUGUCACUGUUCUCUAGGGUGCGCAUAAAUAUUCAGAAGUAAGCUGUCACCUGAUUCAAGUCAGAAGGUGAAAUGGGACAAAAGCAGCUCUAAAACUUUCUGUUUAUGGCAUUAGUUGCAAAGCCAAGGAGUUAGAAACUGUAGGAUGUAUUUCAUGUUUUUUUCCCUAACAGAAAAGGCCAGUGACCUAUGUAAAGCAAAAAGCACAGUCCAUUGUGAAUACACAUAAUAAAGCUAACUGCAGAUUAUGUAACAUAAUUUGCACUAGUAAACUUCAAAACAAAUAUGCCAGAUAUGUUCACUCAUACCUGGUAUUUUUAUACAUUUUGUUUAAAAUGAACUAUUUUUCUAAGCCAGUCAUAGUUUGAAGUUAUUUGUUUUUGGAGAGUAAGACAUACUCCUUUAUUUUGACCCCCUUAAAAGACUCAAGUUUAUUCUACAGAAUGUCAAGCCUACAGCAGACAAUUUUCACAUCCUUGCUUUCAUUUAAAUAAGGAAUUUGUUGUUUUAAACAAAUAUAAAGUGCUGUUAAACUCCUGUUUGUGAUAUCAACAAAAGCACUGUGUAUAUUACUGUAAACAAUGUUCAUUUUUUUCAACAAUUUCAGGGUUGACUGCUGGAUCACAUUAAUGUAAAACUCAAAUUUUGUGUAUUGUUACAGUUUCAAGUUAUUUAUAUUUGAUGUUUUGUAAGAAACAAAUACUACUAUACUGUGCUUCUCUUGGACCAAAUAAAUGAUCUCUGAAGUACUUGUUAA